AUGAUGAUGCUGCCCGCCACCCGCCUUGGUCCCCUGCCAACUCUGCUGCUGGUAUGGGCGGCCUCCGUCGCCGCCAGCGACACAAUCACCUCGGGCAAGAUCAAGGUCCAGCUGUUUGCUGCGCCUUCGUUCCUUAGCGAAGUAAGCGUCGACGCGUACAACAACCAGUGUCUCUCACUCGAUAACAACCUCAUCGAUGGGCGCGUGCAGAGCAUAUUGGUCGGCGGCCACGAUGUCGCGAGCGUAUUGCAACGCGACGACUUCUGGAACUGUAGAUUUUACGACAAUUACGACUGCAAAGGCGACAUGGACAUGGAUUCGUACCUCACUGUUCCCGACGGCGUAAACAACCUUGGCAGCAUUGGCUGGGGCACCAAGAUCCACGGCCUCAAAUGCCGCAAUUUCGCGUCCACGGACGAUUGA